AUGAACACCAACAACAAGGAUAAAAAUUGGAUAAGACGAUUAAGUGAAAUUUAUGAACAAAUGAAUAGAAAGGUGAAUUAUCCACUUUACCAUUCAGCUAAUUUUCAAUCUAAUAUGGAAAAAACAAACAUUUCUUUAAAAGAUGUUCAUUUUACCAAUACUGAUAUAAAUGUCAACCAAUCAUCACAUCAUACCAAUAUCUACAAUUAUUCAAUUCAAGAAUUAAAUUGUACAACAUCACCUGAACAUAAACUAAAUGUUCAGAAUACCCCUUUAUUGUCAGGUGAUAAUGAGCAAGUAAAGAUGAAUAUGAAUAGUCCUCAUAACCGAAUAUCUCAAGGAACUGAUGAUUCUUAUGUUUUUCAAGGUGUUAAAACUUCAGAACACAAUGUUACUGUAUCAAAUAAUGAAUGUAUAAUAGCAUCAUCAUUGUAUUCUUCUAUGAGAAGUAAACCUGGUCAGUUAGAGUAUACUCCUCAGACUGCUCCAAAUGUUAGCAGUUCUUUUAUCCAGUCUCAGAUGUUUAAUCAUGAAAUUUCUACCCAACAGUCAACUUAUACACAUCCACAACAAUCAUAUUCCUCAUCAAUAUCAAAUGUUCAACGUAAUCAUGAUCAAAUUACUAAUGGUUCAUCAAUUCAUUUAUCAAAAUGUCUACCAUCUUCAUCAUCAAGUAAUCAAGUAUAUUCAACUUUACAAUCUUAUACCAAUGAUGAUAUAAUGAAGUCGAAUACAAUUCCAUAUUCAAUGGAACCUCAAUUUUCACCACAACAUCAUUCUACUAUUCAUUCUAGUUCAAGUAAACAAUCAGUUAGCGGAAAUAUGUUCUUUACCCCGUUACCACAAACUGAUUCAUAUACAGAUACUUCAUCUGUUUCCAAUCAACAAGCAUUUGACUAUUUUGCGAAUAUUGAAAGUAUUCAUACACGUUCUCGUACAGUUUCCGGUGAUUCUGAACGCAAUACGGCAUGCAUAACGAAUCCUUCUGGUUCUUUUACCGAUCAAACACCAAGUGUACGAUCAAGAAACAACAGUGGUCCUAAUUAUUCAUAUCAAAAUUCACUUGGAAAUGAACGUCAAUAUCAAAUGCAAUCGCAACAACAACAACAACAACAACAACAACAACAACAAUCCACUAAUAGUAGUAUAUCACAACCAUCUCGUUUCUCAACUCAAAUCUCUACACAUCCAUCCUCAGUUAAAGAUGAUAUAAACGAAGAUUAUAUCACUGAACGAUUAUCUCAGGUGAAAUCAAAAGAAUAUGAUAAUUUAGAUAAGAAUCAGCAGUCAAAAGAUGGUUGGCUGUCAGGUUGGUUUGGACGUUUAAAGAAAAAUGGAGCCAAGAAUAUUCAUCUACCAGAUGAUUCUAAGCCUUCUAUUGUUUGGGAUGAUCGCCUUAAACAAUGGAUUGAUAUAAAUGAUCCUGAUGGUAGUGAAUUGAAUAAAGUUCCACCUCCACCACCGAUGACUUCAUUUACACCGAAAAUUAGUGAAGAUGAUGAGAGUAGAACAUUAAAUCCACCUAGUUAUUCAACUUUUCCAGUGUCUAAUCUGACAAAUUCUACUGCUUAUCAUCAUCCACCAACACGUAUCAGUAAUCCUCGAUCACGUUAUGUAAAUAUAAUGUCGAAUCAAACUAGUGAAACAGGAACAACUAAACUGGAAAGUAUUCUACAACCUCCUCUUCCAUACAAUCCUGGUGGUGCACGUUUGUAA